AUGUCUUCUGUAUUUUCGCAAAACUCGGCUACAUCCAAAAAUCCUUCAACUGAUGUUGACGAUGCUGGUAUAUCAAGAGUUCAUGUUCAUGGCGAUGGUGGGGAGUUUGUCACCAUUAGUGGUCAAAAGUUUUAUCGCCAUGAAUUAAUGGCCGCGUUUGGUGGGUCUUUGAACCCCGGUGCUGCUCCAUACCCCAAAGUUAACAUUAAUCCGGCCCCACUUGGUUUGUGUGGAUUUGCUUUGACUACUUUUGUUUUGAGUUUAGUCAAUGCUCGUGCUAUGGGUAUCUCUAUCCCCAAAGUUGUCGUUUCAAUGGCCUGUUUCUAUGGUGGCAUGGUUCAACUUUUUGCUGGCCUAUUUGAAUUUGUUGUUGGUAAUACAUUUGGUUGUACUGCUUUAACUUCUUAUGGGGCCUUUUGGUUAAGUUAUGCCGCCAUUCAUAUCGAAGCUUUUGGUAUUGGUGCAGCUUAUGAAGGUAGUGAUCAAUUGACAAAUGCAGUCUCCUUUUUCUUGUUGGGUUGGACAAUUUUCACAUUCAUGUUACUCUUAAAUACGGUGAAGUCAACUUGGCCAUUCUUUUUAUUGUUCUUGUUUUUGUUUUUGACAUUCUUGUUGCUCACUGUCGGUGAUUUCACUGGAAUAUUGGGCGUAACUCGUACCGGUGGCAUCUUUGGAGUUAUCACUGCCAUUAUUGCCUGGUAUAACGCUUUUGCUGGUACUGCCACAAGCCUUAAUUCGUACAUUGUUGCCCAUUCACUCCCUAUGCCAUCCAAUAAUGCUUUAAAGAAACACACUUAA